UGGAGUUCAAAAACAUGAAAGUAGGAUGCAGCACAGACAAAAGUUGGGCUGCACAAGACCCUCAAAGCUAGAGAGUUGCUGGAGGAAAAGAGCACGUAUUGGGAAGUAUAGAGGAAGGGGGUUUGGCAAGUGGAUCUGUGAAGACAAGGAAAUGAAAGACAGAGGAACUGUCCCCUUGCUCCUCUUGUGUUGGAGAGAAUAGAAGGUCAAAGUAAUAUGCAGUCAGACUUUGCAUGGCAUACUGAAGAAACAGGAUUUUCUAGCACGUUUACCACGGACAUGGACAACAAGUUUAUUCCCUUUUUAACCCCUCUAUGCAUUGACCUAUUAGGGGAUGAUUACAUGGCCAUUUCUUUCAGCAGCAACCUCUGUUCAUAGGCCUCCUUUGACCUCAGGAGAACUCAGGUUUUGACACAGACACCAGAGGGAGAGUGCUGUGAACUUGGCUGCUGUCACUUCAUUUUGUGUCUCAGUGCAACCUACUAGAUGGAAGAGUACGUGAUUAAGGCAGCAAACAGCAGCGGCUGUUGUGCUGUGGAUGGGGCUCUCUGGGAGAAGACACAGCAUGAUGCUGUGAUGAUGACUAUCUAGCAUCAAGGAGGUGGCACGUGGCAAGGCUGGGUUGACGUAGGCUCCGGAAAUCCUGUGGCUGAGUAGCUGAAAGGGAAUGCUCAGCACAGACAGGCACCUAUCCGUGAUGAUUCCACCGUCUGUGGCAACCCCUGCCAGCGAUGUUGUGCUCUUUCCCAGCUUGGCUUCUCAGGAAAUUUGGAGGUCACAGGUUCCAGGCUAUUCUGGAUCGGUCACACGGCACAUCAGUCAUCGGGCCAACAACUUUAAGAGACAUCCGAAAAGGAGAAAGCACAUCCGCCCUUCACCACCGCCACCCCCAAAUACUCCAUGUCCUAUUGAUCUGAUUGACUUUGGGGAUCUCCAGCCUCAGAGAUCUUUCCUUGAACUCCUGUUUAAUGGGUGCAUUCUCUUUGGGCUUGAGUUCAGCUAUGCCAUGGAAACAGCCUAUGUAACUCCUGUGCUGCUUCAGAUGGGGCUUCCAGACCAGUUGUAUGGGAUGGUGUGGUUCAUCAGCCCUAUACUAGGGUUCUUGCUGCAGCCUUUGCUGGGGGCCUGGAGUGACAGAUGCACAUCAAGAUUCGGGAGGAGAAGACCCUUCAUUCUGGUCUUAGCAAUAGGAGCAUUGCUGGGGCUCUCGCUCAUGCUGAAUGGCAGAGAUAUUGGCAGUGCUUUGUCCGACUCUGUGAAUAACCACAAAUGGGGAAUCAUUCUUACAGUCUGUGGUGUCGUCCUCAUGGACUUCAGCGCAGAUUCAGCAGACAAUCCCAGUCACGCCUACAUGAUGGAUGUGUGCAGCCCAGUGGAUCAAGACAGGGGCCUCAAUAUCCAUGCUUUGUUAGCAGGUCUUGGAGGUGGCUUUGGUUAUGUUGUUGGAGGAAUACACUGGGAUAAAACCAGUUUUGGAAAAGCUGUGGGAGGGCAACUUCGUGUCAUCUAUGUCUUCACCUCAAUUACACUGACGAUCACUACUGUGUUGACGCUAAUUAGCAUUCCAGAAAGACCCCUGAGGUCCUUUAGCAAGAAGAAAAAGGUGAUGAAGAGUCCGAGUCUUCCUCUCCCUCCUUCCCCACCUCUCUUCUUUGAGGAAGGUGUAAAUGAAAACCUUGCUUCUCAUAACUCAGCUCACUUAUAUGCAAGUUUUACAAGUCCAAUUUCACCCCUCAGCCCGCUCACGCCCAAGUAUGGCAGUUUUGUCAGCAGAGACAAUUCCUUGACAGGAAUUAAUGAGUUUGCAUCAUCAUUUGGGACUUCAAAUAUUGACAGUGUGCUUAUAGACUGUUUUACUGGCGGGCACAAUAGUUACUUAGCACUUCCAGCUAGCAUGCCCAGGCAGCCUGUCAGUGUCAGCUUUCCCCGGGUGCCAGAUGGCUGUUACCACCAAGAAAAUGGAAUUUUGGAGCGAGGGGAGAGCAGCAUAACUCCAGGGGCUGAUGGCGAGGCACUAAGGGUGGGCUCACUGGAUGCAAUAAAGCCACGGUCAUCAGGGAUCCUGAAAAGACCUCAGACCUUGGCUAUUCCGGACAUUGUAACAGGACAUUGUCCAGAAAGUAGCAGAAGAAGGAAUGUAACUUUCAGCCAACAGGUUGCUAAUAUCUUGCUGAAUGGUGUUAAGUAUGAGAGCGAGCUGAAUGGAUCAGGUGACACCUCCGAGCAACCGCUCUCCCUGAAACUUCUGUUUUCGACCAUCUGCCACAUGCCCAAGGCGCUGCGUAACCUCUGCAUCAACCACUUCCUAGGCUGGCUUUCAUUUGAGGGGAUGUUGCUCUUCUACACCGACUUCAUGGGAGAAGUAGUGUUUCAAGGGAAUCCAAAAGCUCCUCACAACUCAGAUGAGUAUCAGAAGUACAACGCUGGGGUCACCAUGGGCUGCUGGGGAAUGUGCAUCUAUGCAUUCAGUGCUGCGUUCUAUUCAGCCAUGCUGGAGAAGCUGGAGGAGUGGUUCAGCACACGGACUCUGUACUUUGUGGCAUACCUCGCCUUUGGGCUGGGCACCGGGCUGGCCACACUCUCCAGAAAUGUGUACGUGGUGCUGUCACUGUGUGCCACCUAUGGCGUCCUCUUCGCCACACUUUGCACGCUGCCCUACUCCCUGCUGUGUGACUACUACCAGAGCCGCAAGUUUGCUGGCUCGCAGGCGGAGGGCACGCGGCGUGGGAUGGGCGUGGACAUCUCCCUGCUGAGCUGCCAGUACUUCCUGGCGCAGAUCCUCGUGGCUGUGGUGAUGGGGCCUCUGACGGCAGCAGUGGGCAGCGCCAGCGGCGUCAUGUACUUCGCCUGUCUCAUGUCAUUCCUGGGCUGCCUCUUUUCUUCCCUCUGCGUCAUCUACGAGCUGCCGCCUGGUGAGGAGCUGCUCGAGGAGCAGCAGCCGCUCAUGCCCAGCACGUGACACCUUACCGUGUGGGAAAUCAAUAAAAGCAACAGGGCUGUCACUGUCUCUGCUAAGUCAUUACAUGGCAGGCUGUCUCACUCCUUGUGGGGCGGAGAAUGUGCGGCUGUGCUCUGGGCCCCUGCGUCCCCACAUUGUGCAGAGUAGCGGGCUCAUCCAUCUCUGGGACAAUGCUGGCGGUGGCCAGAAAUGGACCUGUAGGGGACAGGGAACCACAGGAAGCAUUUUCCUGCCUGCAUUAAGGUGAGGGCGAAUCAGUGGCUGCAGUGUGCUGGCACUGCCCAUUCUUCUGGCGAGGUGUCGGGAGCCCUUCCGUACCCCUGGGGCCCAUGGUCACCACUGUGGGGAAGCGGGGCACUGCCUGUUGGCUCGCCGUCAAGCAUAGUGGCAUCAGAGGCACAGUGUCAUCAUUCUCUGGGAAGAGAGCUAGGGGUUGUGGGGCCAAUGACAUAUUGCUUGACCUGAGGUGGCCAGGAAAUGAUGCCUGUUGUGCUGACCGAGGUGCCUGAAAGUCGUUGGUGUCAGAGGGGGCCCUGCCCUUUUGGACGGCAGUGAGGUGGCGGGAGGGGCCCUGCACUGCCAUAGGAAGCACCACAGUUUCUUCCUGGGGAGAGCUGGGGCCACGACUUUCCCUGAGGUUCACUGGCAGCAGGUGCCGUUUCAUGGCAAGGCAGAGACCAUCCCUGUUGUUGGUUGUGGUGGGCAAUGGUGAUUCCUGAGGGGCCUGAAGGAGGCUGCGCCUCUACUGCGGCGGGGCUCCACUGCGGAGUCAGUCCUGAUCAUUUUUCAAACUGUUGGCUGCUGUUUCUGUAGCAAAAUGAGCAGAAGAGAAGUUGCCAGUGAAAGCAGGCUUGCAUUUCGGGUGCUAGAUGUCAGAAUAGAGCACCCAAGAUGAGAGCACAAUCUGUAAAGCAGUAGCAUGUUAAAUAGCACCGAGACAGACUAAAGGUCUUGUACCAGAAUCCUUUAUUUUCUGGGUUUUGCUCCGUUCUGUCUCUUGAAAGAUUUGAAGACUCUGGGAAAACACUGUAUGCGAUAUAGUAUGUCUUUUGAUUUUUUUUCCUUUUUUACUGUGCAGAAAUGGUAGCUGGAUUUUGAAUAAAGAGUGUUUUUGUGCAUAGAACUUGCUGCCCAGUGCUCCCCUGGCAGUAACUGAGAAGUUAUACAUUAGAUUUGGAAGGCAACAACAUAGUCCAAUACCCAAAUAACACCCACAAUAACAGUAAAUGGAGACUUCUUCGCCAGUCUGCCCGUUUUAUGAACAUACAGGUAUUCAAGGAGCAGGAAGAAGAUGACCAAUGAGUAAUGUAAGUCAGACAGGAAUUCCAGUGUGAAACAUGCAUGUAAAACGAGUAGACCGAGAAGCACAAUGUGAUGUGAUGCGCGAUGUACAAUUUGAAGUUAGGUAAGCUUCCCCCCACCCCUCUUUCUUUUCCUGGUUCCAGCAAUACAUUUUUCAAGCAAAGGACAGCAAGUUUUGUUGCAAGAGAAAGUGACAGCCUCAGAGCAGAAAUGAAGAUUUUGGUUAGUGCGAGUAUAGUGUUCUGUAAGCUUUUAGGAACUGCUUUAACAAUGGGCAAUGUAUGGGUAUUGGCAAAAAAACAUACUGUUCAAAAGGUGUUUUCCAUGCAAUUGAAAUUCUAAGAGGAAUGUAAUAAGCAUUUUUUUCCAGCAAAAUCCCAAUUGUUCAGCUACAUAAAACUUGGUACGCUUUGUUUUUUAACUGAGCAGUGCAGUUUCAGGGGAAGCAUGUGCUCCAAGCAUGGCAACCCAAGCUGUUUUUAACAAAUGCCUCAAACUUGUGACAAGGCAUAAAGGCUAAAAGGCUUUAGUUUAGGAAGAAAUUCUCACCUUGUAAGCAGAUAGUGAGAGAUGUGAACUGCCUCAAGUCUGCUUACACCGAUCUUAAAGAGAGCAGUGGUCUGUGGUGCUGAUUACUUCCGAUGAGAAGUCUCUUCAAAACAUUUAUUUGCACAUUUCAGCACGAUUAGGUUAGAGCCUUGGAAAACAGUUUAAAGAUUUUUCUGGUAGGUAGCCCUAAAGUGCCUGUUAUUUUCUUGCACUGGUUCAGUUCUCUUACUUGGUUUGUGCAGUCCAGCUGUAGAGUGGACUGCAAUCUGCCCAGCGGUGUGGUAAACUGCAGUGCAGGGGCAGGUACUGAAGCGCAGGAGUGGCUUAAGCUGGUUUGCUGCGGAGUGUUUCAUUUCACAAAACCUUUACCUCUGAAACAAGGAAAUCCAGAGGAGCUGCUUAGAAACUCCUAGCAAAAUGCAGAUCACAAUGUUAUAUAUAACUCUGAAAAUAUGAAGUAUAUGGAAGAAGAAAGUAUUAAUAUAAACCAAUACUACCUUUCACAGCCUCAUCCUCUCCAGAUAACAAUUUUUCAUGGUUUGCUAUAAUCUUCCCUCUUCAAGCAGAAAUAAAACCACCUGUCCUCAGUACUGUGAUUCUGUUAAAGGACUUUCCUUAGAGGAAUUUCAUCAAUUCCUUCCCCUGCCUGGGUGAGUAUAGCACAAGCCUUACUGGGAAACAAAACUGAAAAGUAGGCAUUACCUGAAUUUGUAAAAUAGUGUAAAAGAACUGUGCCAAAAAAAAAAAAAA